AUGUCCUCGGUUUAUGAAACAGGACUUAUUUUAGGCAUCGUCGAGAACUUGGUGGACAUUCGCCAAGACUUGAUUCUCCAGUUUUCCAAGACUGGUUUUCUUCAGUGGAUUGUGGGUAGACUACAGGUUGUCUUGUCAUCUGACUGGAAGAAAGUCGAGUUUGAGGACAACAAGUUGUACUGUUCUGAGAUAUUGGCCAUAUUCAUGCAGGCUCGAUUUGUGGAACAGGAAGGACUUCAGCUAAUGAAUUUGCUUAUUCGGGGGAAAAAGAAAUCCAAAUUUAGUGCAAUCAAGACAUUGAGUUAUGCCAUGCCUUUACUUCCUGUCUGGAAUGAGGAUGUCCUGUGUUGCCAGCAAUAUGUCCAAGUUCUGGGUUUGCGCUGCUUGUUUCCAUUCUUCAUGAAUGUGGUCGUCCCCUCAUCUGGUCCUUCCAAAGCACAAGUCGUGGUGUCGUCCCUCAAAAAUGGAUUCAUCGUGGAGGGAAUUCCGUUCCAAGUCGUGAAAUUGUUGCUUUCGAGAAAAUCCAAGUCAAUGGAGGAGCCUCUGCUUGAAGACUGGAAGCGUCCUCUACACGACCACCUCAUGCCCUUCCAGUUGGAGUCACUGCAGUAUGGUUGCGAUUACCACGGAAGGGUGUUUCAGUCCCGGGGAGGUCGACUGCUCAUUGCCGACGAAAUGGGCCUGGGCAAAACACUGCAGGCAAUCUACAUUCUUGCUCACCACGUCAAAAACGUCAAGACGAUUAUAGUCUGUCCUGCCACCGUGAAGCACACGUGGCACGUGAGUCAGUGGCUUCCUUUCCUCAGUCUUACUGUGGUCAGUUCCAAGUCAGAUCGGUUGAAUGGGGCUGAUAUUGUCAUCGUGAAUUACGAAAUGCUGAUUAGGAGAGUCAAUGAAGCAACUCAGUUUGAGUUCGUCAUUGUGGAUGAGUCCCAUUGCGUCAAAAAUAUGUCGACUGCUCGUUCUAAAUGCGUCCUCAGUAUCACUAAGGGUGCUAAAUAUGUGCUCUUGUUGAGUGGAACCCCUGCACUGUCGAGACCUGUCGAGUUGUAUCCUCAGAUCUACGCAUUGUUCCCCACACUUUUCUCGGGUUUUUAUGAGUUUGGGAUGCGCUACUGUGCCGGGAAAAAGACAUUGUGGGGACAUGACUUUGAUGGACUGUCCAAUGAGACCGAACUGAGGAUUGUCCUUAAUGAAAUUGUUAUGCUUCGGUCAUGUUGGUGUGAUUUAACACGUAGACGACUCAAGGCAGAAAUUUUAGAUCAGUUGCCAUCAAAGGAGAGGUUCAAGGUCGAUUUGGACGUUGGAAGUCCUCCUGAAGAGCUGAAGUACUCAACUGUCGUGAUUGAUGGGUCAACCACGCCUCAAAACAGAUUCCUUUUUGUAGACAAGUUUCAAAAUUGUUUGGAUUGUCGGGUUGCCAUUCUGUCCCUCACCGCGGCCAAUACUGGAAUAACUCUAACCUCGUCUAAUUACCUGGUAUUUGCUGAAUUGUCGUGGACCCCGGGGGUUGGUCCUUUAAAUGAUUUUUCAGAUUAUGGCACAGGCUGA